AUGGCUGCGACCAGCGCCUUCCUCGUGCCCGUCCUCUUCCUCUGCGGGCUGGGCCCCUACUUUGCUGCUGCCCGCAGUCUCUCAGGGGUGAAGUGUGUCUUCUUCAACGAGGAGUACAUGACCUGCAUGUGGGGGAGCAGAGAGACACUCACAGCCAACUAUUCCCUCUACUACUGGUACGAGAACAGGUCCCCCAUGGUGGAGUGUAAGCACUACCUGCAGGACCAGGGCACCAGCAUUGGCUGCCACUUCAACCAGAGCGAGAUCAUCCAGUUCCAGACUUUCCGCGUCCUCGUCAACGCCAGCCUCGGCGGCAAGACCCUGGAGAUCCCCAGCGAGCACAUGCAGCUGCAGGACUUGGUGAAACCGUACGCGCCUGUCAACCUGACAGUCCACAACAUGAGCAACAACCAGCUGCAGCUGACCUGGACCUCCCCGUACCGCAAAGCCGAUUGCCUGGAGCAUGCUGUCAAGUACAAGAGCAACAAGGACACCAGCUGGACGGAGCAUCUGGUGAAAGGAGACAUCUUCUCCUUCCCCAGCGUGGACUAUGAGAAGUACUACACCUUCUACGUGCGCAGCAAGAUCAACAGCUACUGUGGCAGCACCAAGCUCUGGAGCGAGUGGAGCAUCCCCGUGGUCUGGGGCAGCAACUCCACUGGCAAGGGUGAGGCAAAGAAGCAGCUGCACAGUUUCUGGAUCCACACUAUCUUGAUCCCCAUUGCCUCCUGCCUGCUCUUGCUGGUCCUUGUCGUCCUACUGGUGCGCAUGGAAAGGGUGUGGGUCAUCCUCAUGCCCCGAAUCCCCAACCCCAGCAAGAAUUUUGAUGACAUCUUCAUCACACACAAUGGCAACUUCCAGGAAUGGGUUGGAGUCCCUAAAGACGUCAUGGAGAGCUUCACGCCCAACUACAGCGAGAGCAUCUGCUACGUGAGUGAGCUGCCCACCAAGGACAGCUACGAGCCCCUCUGGGAGAGCAGCAACCACCCAAUGCCUGUGAUACCUGGAGCCCCGGCUGCCCCUCAUGAGCACAGCCCCUACAAGAACAGCUACGUGGAAGCAUGA